CGAGACCGGCGGGACCCGCUCCGGGGGCUCCGGCGCCGCCUCUGGCGCUGCGCAGCCGCUCCUGAGCAGCGCGGCCGCUCCCGUGGCGCCGGGACCGAGGCCGGGAGGAGCCGCGGAGCGCCCCUGGGACCGCUGCAGCCGCCCGGGCCCCGCCGCGGCCUCACUCCGCCUCUCGCCGCCGCAGCGCAGCAGCUCAGGAUGUGGCGUCAGAGGCUGGUGAGGCUUCUCCGGUUGUGUGGCAGCUCCAGCCCUGCCUUGCUGUGGCCACCCAGUGACACCAGGCCCGUCCUCGCUGCUGCCACUCGCUGCCACCACACGGUGCCGGAGUCCCUCAAGUGUGCCUGGCAGUUACACCACGACCACCUCGAACUCAGGUACGCCAACACGCUGAUGCGGUUGGACUUCGUGUGGCUGCGGGACCACUGCCGCUCCGCCUCCUGCUACAAUGCCAAGACCAACCAGCGCAGCCUGGACACAGCCAGCGUGGACCUGGCCAUCAAACCUAAGGCCGUGCGAGUGGAUGAGACCACGCUCUUCCUCACCUGGCCGGACGGGCACGUGACGCGCUAUGGGCUGGAGUGGCUGGUGAAGAACAGCUACGAGGGGCAGAAGCAGCAGGUGAUGCACCCCCGCAUCCUCUGGAAUGCUGAAAUCUACCGCCAGGCCCAGGUGCCCUCCGUGGACUGCCGGAGCUUCCUGGACACAGAUGAGGGGCUGAAGGAAUUCCUGCAGAACUUCCUGCUUUAUGGCAUCGCUUUCGUGGAGAACGUUGCGCCCACCAAAGAGGACACAGAAAUCGUGGCAGAAAGGAUCAGCUUGAUCAGGGAGACCAUUUAUGGCAGGAUGUGGUACUUCACCUCGGACUUCUCCCGGGGAGACACUGCCUACACCAAGCUGGCUCUGGAUCGUCACACAGACACAACCUACUUCCAGGAGCCCUGUGGCAUCCAAGUGUUCCACUGCCUGAAGCACGAGGGCACGGGUGGGCGGACGCUGCUGGUGGAUGGUUUCUAUGCGGCAGAGCAGGUUCUCCAGUGUGCCCCAGACCAAUUUGAGCUGCUCACCAAGGUCCCGCUGAAGCACGAGUAUGUCGAGAAUGUGGGAGACUGCCACAACCACAUGAUUGGAAUUGGGCCAGUUCUCAAUGUCUACCCCUGGAACAACGAGCUUUAUCUCAUCAGAUACAACAACUACGAUCGUGCUGUCAUCAACACGGUGCCGUACGACGUUGUGCACCGCUGGUACGCUGCUCACCGCACCCUCACCACUGAGCUCCGGAGACCAGAGAAUGAGCUCUGGGUCAAACUGAAGCCAGGCAAGGCCCUGUUCAUAGACAACUGGCGUGUCCUGCACGGGCGGGAGGCGUUCACCGGGUACCGCCAGCUCUGCGGCUGCUACCUGACGAGGGACGAUGUGCUCAACACCGCGCGCCUGCUGGGACUGCAGGCCUAGCCCGGCCACGUGCACGGGGACCUGCUGCUGCCCCCCCAACGAUGUCGCACACACCUCAAACACCUCCACCCGCUCUGAGCCAUUCCCGGUGCCUGCUCGGGAGAGGGAGCAAGUGGAAGCCAAAGGAACUUGUGGGAGCUCUGGGGGACCCUCUUCUGCCUUUGAGCACAACCACCUCUUGCUGUCUGCACCCAGCCUGGUUGCUCCGGCCCCUCAGACUGUCUUGGCUCUGCGCAGGAAGGGCUGAUCACUCCAUGGGAAGUGCUCCUCCAACCAAGUGCCUUCAGGAUUUGGACUUCUUGCAUUUACCCCUACUGCCAGCUGGAGUUCCAGGUUUUGGGGUUGUUUGCUUCAGCAGAGCAGAAUGGAAAUCUCUGGGGCUUUGUCUCACCCCAGGCUGGACUUCACCCCUUCUAGAGAAAAGGAAAAUCUGGCCCCUGUUUGAUGUGAACAUGCCACUAAAACUGAGGGCUGUUGGCAAAUUUCAGUGGCUUCUUAAACAUACCGCGUACCCCAAGAGCAGUGACUGAUACAAGCCAUGCUGCUGGAGAGGUGGCCUGCAAAGGGAGAACCCCCUCUUGGGAGUUUUUUUCUGAAGAGCUUUAGGUUAGAAGGAACAGGAGAAGUAGCAAGAGCUGCAUGUUGGGAAGGGGAUGUGUUAGGCUGUGUUAGAUGAGGGAUGUAGGUCUCGUGUUUCCUUGACUUCCGGUAAUGCCAUGUGUGUGUUCUUGUGCUUGAAUCGAGGGCGAAGGCUCAGCAGCCACAGGAUUUGCUGUCAGAUCUCCCCCUGUGCCUGCUCCACCUUUCCUGAAGAAGGGCUUUGUGUAAGGUUUUCACCAGCUGCUGGAUGGGGCUGACCAGUUCGGGUGGUGUUUUCACCAGAUCCUCCUGUGUAUGGAGGCAGUGAACACAGAGGUGCCUUUCGGCUCCGGCUAGCUGGGGGAUAAACUGGUCUGGCACAUCAAAGGGAUGCAGUGUAAAGAACAAAGGCAAAUCCUGUUAUUAGAGACACUGGAAUGCUAGAAGCAUGGGAAUUUAAGAACCAAGAGGGGAUUUUAGGGUUUGUCUUUGGAGGUGUCUGCUCUGCUAUCUAGACCUUAAACCAGGGCUGGUCCCUUUCACCCCUGGCCCUCCUGUGCAAGCAGGAUGCUCUUGUGUCCAGGGUACGAGUGCUACAUUUGCUGCCUUCAUUUAAUCAACACUGACUGUAUAGAGACUCUGCAAGUGUGGCCUGAGCUGCCUGAGGCUGAAUUUCAGAGUUAUUUCCCACUGCUGCAGGCACCAGGAGCUUCCCAGGGAAGGCUUGGCAGGGAGCUGUGGAUCAGAGGGGAGGGGGAUGAGAAAGGGAAACAUGAGCCAUGGUGGCAGGUAACAGCAGCCUGAAGUGAGCUGGUUCUGUCAGGUUCAUCUCCCCAGGAUGGGUUCCCAUCUCUGUAAACAGCAGCCUCAGGCACAGGCAGGAAUUUAUUCCUCUAGGCUGAGGCCAUGAAUUCCCUGAGCAGCCUGCAGCAUCCAGUCUGUUACUUUCUUUGCCAGGUUCUCGACUGCCAGUUACACCAGCACAACGUAGCUGGGGAGUUUCACACAUCUUCAUUGAUGGUGUGGAAGUAGCAAACUGCAGUGGUUCCAUACAUGGUCCCACUCUGGUGCUCUGGGGGUGGCUUUCCCCUGCGCUGCUGGGUGAAUCCAUGGCUGGGAGUGUGGUGGUGACAGCAAACCAUCUCUGUGUUCUGAACCAAAGGAUCACUAUGUGAAAGCCUGGAGUGGUGGGGUCCUCUCACAAGUUAUUUGGUGGUACUGAGGGUUCCUGAGCCCUUUUUGCCUCCCUGUGCCUCCAGGAUGUGAGGGGAAUACUGCAGACAUCAGCUUUACCUGCCGUUGCCCUGGGCUGGAGCGGGCAGGUCUGGGGCUGGCACAAAGUGUGUUGGUGACAAGUCAUGGUGACAUAGGUGCCUUCCUGCCAGGGAGCGUGGUGGCUGUCACUGCUCACCCUGCUGCUGCCAAGGGCUGUGUUCUUCAGACAUCAGCCUCCUCUUCAGAGCCAACCCCAGGCCAGCACACUCCUCUGGGGGCCUGAGUAACCUCUCGGGGGGAAUUGCUUAUGGUGAAUGUAGAAGAACACAUUUCCUCAUUGGUGUUACUCUAAUGUAGCCACUCCAGCACUAAACCACGGAGUGGGGAGGGCUUUGUUUAAAUCCUGAGCUUCAUCUCCUCCUGCUUCCCAUGAGGGCUAAAUUCUUCCUGUGCAGCUUUAUCUGGAGGACCAGGGCUUUUUGGCAGUCAGUGCCUGGUGAGCUGAGCACUUGCUGCGCGUGUCAGGGAACAGGCUCUCUCUGCUUUAAUGCUACUGGAUCAGGUUUUGUAAUCGAGUUCUUUCAGCCAAUAAAUGAUGAACUGCUUCCUUC